ACUUUCUUUAACCAAUCAGCCGACAAUCCCCCCCCCGAAUCCCCGCGACAACAACUUCGACAACUCACCCGACCUAUCGCAGGCAUAUAUGUCCCUUUAAUCCGUCUCUCUCUAACGCGCUACUAAGCUCAAUCGCCUUCUUUCGGCCAUUAGCGAUCAUGGGACACGGACAUGCGCAUCACAAGCAUGCUGAUGUGCUCCAAAAACGAAGCCCGGACGACGGAGUCACCGUGGUGUAUGUGACGGCACCGGCUGAUUUCGAUGGCCCGGUUGCUGGAUACGUGACCGGCGAAAAGCCCGCCGCGACGAAGGCCCAGGUUGGCGUGGGAGCGCCUGUGGGAGCGACGAGGGCGGCGACUAAGGACGACGACGACGACGAUAAGCCGACAAAGACCGCAGAGGCGGAGACGAAGAAGACGGCCGAGGUAGAGACUCAGAAAACGGCAGAGGCCAACACGCAGAAGACGGUCAAGGAGAAACCUCAAACCACCGAGGAAAAAGCGCAGCCGACUGCGACCCGGGACACCAAGCCGCAGACCACCCAGGUGCAAGAGACCCAUACGCAGCAACAACCGACUCGAGCAUCUGCCACCCGCGAGGAAAAGCCGACCGCCGUCCAAACGACGUUGUCAACCUCCACGUCGUCCAAAUCGUCGCUGUCCAACACCGGCCUGGAGAACGCCGCUGCCACCAAUUCCUCUUCCUUGGACAAGUCUACCGCUUCGCCAUCUGCAUCCACCGUGCCCUCGGGUUCGGGUGGUAUCUCGGACGGCGCAAAGGCGGGUGUUGCCAUUGGUGUCAUCCUGGGCGUCGGCUUGAUUGCUGGUCUGAUCUUCUUUUUUAUGCGCAAGAAGAAGCAGGGCGAGAGGUUGGACGAUACGGGUUCCGAAAACGAGAAGGCCUUCGUAUCCAACGACGUCGCACCGCCAGGACCUCCGCCCAAGAUCGAACCAAAGACUCCAUCCACUCCUCCCCAGCUCAACGUCCGUCCCGUCACCCAAUUCGCCCCUGACCUUACCCCCAGCAACAGUAUUGCUGCUUUCUCUGUUGGUGGUGCCGAGGGGACUCUGGCGCCUGCCUCCGCCGCCGCAGCACCGCGCGAUCUCACCGGAAAUUCCUCGCCUCACACGCCGACGUCGAGUUCUGGCAGCAACCCGAAUCCUUUCAAUGACCCUGUCAAUCCCUUCGCUGGUCAGGCAGAGUCUUCGUCUCCUAUCAACGCAGCACACUCAGCCAGCCCGUCUACCGCCUCUGCCGCGGCUCCUGCAGCCCCCGAGGCACCUUCUCCAGUGGAUGCGGCUCCUGCGUCUGGCAUGGCUGCGGCGGGUGUUGCGACAGCCGUGGCGGCUGGUGCUGUUGCAGGUGCCGCUGCGUCCUCGUCUUCGGAGGGAGCUGGCAAAGAUCUGCCCAACCGUCCCGAAAGCCGAGCAUCUCAAGCCCCCUCGGAACCGAUGCGGAAUACCACGAGUCCCAUCAGCUCUAAUGCCGCUGCUGCUGCAGUUCCAGUAUUCAUUCCUCCAGGUGCUGCCCCGGCUCCGGCUCAGUCUCCGCCGCCGACCAACGUGCAUCGCGUGCAGAUGGAUUUUAACCCCUCGAUGGAAGACGAGCUGGAACUUCACGCCGGCCAGCUCGUGAGACUCUUGCACGAGUAUGACGACGGCUGGGCUCUCUGCGUGCGAAUGGAUCGCUCCCAACAAGGAGUGGCGCCUCGCUCCUGUCUCUCUUCUCGCCCCGUGAAACCUCGCGCCCGGCCUCCCCCCGGCGCAGGACCCGGCCCUCGCGGUCCCCCGAUGAUGCCACCCACCGGCCCCGUCCCGGGACCUCAGCCGACUCGCUUCUACCCCCAGGACGGCCGUUCCAUGUCCCCCGUUCCCUCGCGUCCCAUGUCGCCUGCUCGCCCCAUGUCUCCGGCUCACCCUGGCUAUGCCGGUCCUCCUCAGCCACGUCCGCAUCAGCAACGGCCCAUGUCCCCGGCCCAGUUCCCCGCCGUUCCGCGGUCGUACUCGCCGGGACCGGGGCAGCGCCCCAUGCCGCCUCGCUCCAUGAGCCCCGGACCCUACGGACCGCCGGGCAUGCAAAGGCCAGACAUGCCGGCAGCGCAGCGACAACGCAGCAACAGCGCGGGCGGACCCGUUCCGCGCACGACUGCGUCUCCGGGCCCAAGCCCUCUCGCAGCCCCCAUGCCUCCCCCGACGGCCGCGCUGCCCGCCAUUCCCGACGCCGCUCCGACGCCCGUCGAGAAACCCGGCCCAGACCAUGAGCCUCAGUUCCACUAAGCCCUCUCGUUGA